AUGGCCGCGGUUUCCCUUGUCGACGAUCCCACCGCGAAAGCAGCAGUGGACCACCCGGAGCAGGUCACCGCGAAGGCCCAACGGCUUAUCGAAAUCCUCCACAACCGGAUCGGCCCGACAGGGCUCAAGGUCAAUUUCGGCAAGUCGGUGCUCUUGAUCACAUUUUCAGGUAAGGGGUAUAAGAAACGCGAGCUCCUGAUCAGAAAAGCCGACGCCCCAGCAAUCACAACUGAAGGUGGACAAUAUUUUCGAGUUGUUCGAGUGCACAAGUCUUUAGGUACGCACCUUACAGACAACGGCAGCUGGGGGCCCGAGUUUGACAUCCAGCAUGAGUUUGAGAGGGCAGCCGAGUCCUUUCCUGUCUCUGUCUGGGUGAUCAGCCUUGACGUGGCUCACGACCCCAUCCGCGGUGAUGUUUCGAGGCCGGAGACGAUCCGUUUUUGGUAUCGCGCCAUGGCUGGCGGCAAGGAGGUCGAGCCGGACUUCAUGGCCUUCUGGGAGCCCCUGGAUCCGUACGUCACCCGAGUCAUGGGCAACGUCCGCGUGGCCUCCGCCGCUCGGGCCGGGCCCUCGCAGCAGCGCCUGGAGCGGCUCUGCGGCGGCGCCAGCUGCCUGCGCCUCGCCGCCAACGACGGGCCGUCCGUGGGCGCGGCGCUCGAGGCGUCCAGCGCGGACCUGGUCGUGUUCGACGGCUUCAACGCCGAAGAGCGCUUCGGCCACUACGUGAGGGACCUGGCUCCGGGGGCGAUGCGCGUGCUCGACAUGCAGGACUUCCACGCGCUGCGCGCCGGGCGCGAGGAGCUGGUUGAGCGGGGCGCAACGCCCGCGGAGGUCAAGGCACACCGCCCAGGCGUGGGCUCGCCGGUGCUGCUCAGGGAGCUGGCCUCCAUCCACCGCUGCGACGCCACCCUGGCGGUCUCGGAGGAGGAGCGAGCGAUGCUCGUGGACGUGUACGGGGUGCCCGCGCACAAGGUGCACGCGGCGACCUUUGGCCACGAGGAGCUGUCGCCGCUCGCGGAGCUCCCGGGCUUCGCGGCGCGGAGGGACGUGAUGUUCAUCGGCAAUUGGAGGCACAGGCCGAACCGCGACUGCGCCAAGUGGCUGGUUCGGGAGGUGUGGCCGCACGUGCACGAGCUGCUGCCCGAGCUGCGGCUCAACGUUUACGGCGCCAACCACACGGCAGAGGACAUGGCGCUCACUGAUGAGCGCAUCGGCGCGGUGGUCCAAGGCUACUGCAAGGACGUCGGCCAGGCGAUGCGAGGGCACCGCCUGCUCGCUGCUCCGCUACGCUACGGCGCGGGCGUGAAGGGCAAGCUGGUGGAGGCGAUGCGCUGGGGGCUCGUGACGGCGACCACGCCCGUGGGCGUGGAGCCGUCUCACGGGGCCGCCGGGGGCGCCCCGAGCGGGGGCCGCAGGGGCUGGGUGUGCCUGCUGCGGCAGGCACUCGAGCGAUGGGAGGCCGCCCGCUCACGAGAGCGCGACGACAUGGAGGUGGCCGGCGCACAGCAGGAGCUUGCCAGCGGCGGGGCAAGCGUGGCCAGAGCGUCCCUUGUUGCCUGGAGGGCCUGCCAGUUUUCGCGAGACGUGUGA